ACUAAACGUAUUCUCACAUAACAGCAGACAAAAGAACUUUCAGUAUACAUAUAGUCACCAACGAAUGUGUUGUUAGGUUAAAUUGUCAUACCGUCUGCUAAUAUUAACAAACGUAUAACAAUGUUGGGAAAGAUUAAAACAAAGCAGGAGAAAGGAGAAAUUGUUGCAUAUAGUGAAGCAGCUGUUGUAAAUAAUGCUGCUGUAGUAGAAUAUUGUAGGAUAUCAAUGGCAGCUUUGUCAGGUGGUACAGCUGGUUUAUUAGGGUUAACUGGAUUAUAUGGUUUUGGUUUCUACAUUUUUGCGGUGUUUGGAUUAUGGGCAAUGUUAUUACUAAAAGCUGGAGGCCAGUGGAAAAAAUAUUUUGUAAGCAGACGAAAUCUUUUAACAAGUGGAUUUUUUGGAGGCCUUUUUACAUACGUAUUGUUUUGGACAUUUUUAUAUGGAAUGGUGCAUGUAUACUGAUUAAAA